AUGAACCCUACUCUUUGGACUAGUAGAUUUGGACUGGCCGCUGCGCGACGGUCUAUUUCAACGAACCAGUCCAACUUUUUGUUGCUGCAUACGCGACCGAGGCUGGUUUCUACCCUAGUCCUCACCCAAAGACUAUCGAAACCAGUGGACCCACGAUGGCGCGGCAGUCGAUGGAAUUCGACAAAUAGCGCCGCAACUGCCGCUGCAACAACAACAGAAACGAUUCCUGAAGCAGCUUCAACGUCCAUAGAUGCACUCGCUGAAUCUUUAGCGCCGACUAUUGGGUCUGUUCCUCCGCUCCAAGCAGGAGACUUGGCUGCUCUUGGGUUAUGUCAUUGGACCCCAGCGGGAAUGGUGCAAUACUCGCUCGAGGCAGUCCACCUGCUUACCGGACUCCCUUGGUUCUGGACAUUCGUUGCCACAAGCGUGCUUUGGCGCUUCGUCGUCUUUCCUUUCUCGGUCAACGGAGCUCGACAGACCGCUCGAAUGCGGCCCGUCCAAUCUCAGCUCAAUGAGCUUGUCGACAAGAUGAAGGAGGCACGUCGGGUUGGCGAUACUGUCUCCAUGCAACGAGCUAGCAUGGAGAUGAAAAAGGUUCGCAAGGAUGCUGGUGUGUCUAUGCUGGGGGCAGCGUCAGGCAUGUUGGUUCAAUUGCCAGUGUCGCUUGGGUUGUUCUUCGGAAUCAAGCGCAUGUGUGAAUUACCGGUCAUUCAACUGACCCAGAGCGGGUUCGACUGGCUUCCGGACCUCACACAACCGUCGCACUAUAUCCUGCCACUUCUGGUUACAGCUACGGGAAAUGCAAUGUUUGUGCUAACCGCGCGCGAUAUGGAUAACAGCAAUCCAAGUAUGGGUCAUAUACUGAAUGCUUUCCGACUGCUCUCCGUUGUUGGACUCUACUGGCUCAUGACAUUCCCCUCCGGGCUCACACUUUCCCUCUUUGUAACAACUCUCUUGACGGCAGGGCAAAUUAUGGCCCUCCGCAACGCCGCUAUCCGCCGUGUUCUAAGAAUACCGCCCCUCUUCACUCCUCCUGGUGGCGAACUCGUUAUACCCACAUUCCGCGAAUCGUUCCGGUACUUCCUCAAUAUCGGCAACUCCCCAAGCAAACAGUCCUUCGCGAAGGCUGCAAGCCCAAAAGUAGCACCCUACAUUCCGCCCAAAGCAAUGCCAACGCUGCAAGGCCCUCCUAGGACGCUCGAUGAGCUUGCCCGCCAGGCGCAAUCAACCUCAAGAAUGACAGCAAACUCGUCUGGGCUUUUUGAAACUGAGCCUAUUGCUGCGCCGAGGAGGAAAAAGACAACGAAGCCGAAAGCGAAGGUUAGCAAAAAGUAG